AUGAAUGUGCCGUUGUUAACCAUGAUUAAGCAAAUUCCAAAAUAUGCAAAAUUCCUCAAGGAUCUUUGUGUGCAUAAGAAGAAAUUGAAGGGAAACGAAUUAAUUAGUAUGGGGAAAAAUGUUUCAGCAUUACUUCAGCCAGUUCCUCAGAAAUGUGAAGAUCCGGGAGUUUUCAUAGUGCCUUAUGUUAUAGGGGAUUCUAUCUUUGAAGAUGCAAUGUUGGAUCUUGGAGCCUCUAUAAAUGUGAUGCUGAAAUCAGUUUUUCAAUCAUUAAGAAUUGGACCUCUACAACCUACAGAUUUCUACAUCUUAGACAUGGAGGGUGAUGUGCUUGCAAACAGGUCUCCACUCAUUCUUGGAAGACCAUUCCUAAAAACUGCAAGAACAAAGAUUGAUGUGCAUGCAGGAACUCUUUCAAAGGAGAUAGGAGACACAGCGGUUCAAUUUGGCAUUUUUGAGGCUAUGAAGUAUCCUAGAGAGGAUCAUUCUAUUCUUAGCUUGGAUAUAUCAGAGGAGCUGGAUAGCAUGGAUUUCUUUUCAGAAAUUGAUUCAGAUUCAGAUUUUACUGAUGUUGGUCAAGGGAAUUAUCCCAAUAGGAAUGCCUUUUCUUCAGUGUUGGAGAAUAUUUUAGAUAUGGAGAUUGAUGUUAGUUCAUGUGAGUUAUUUCCGAAUGAGAGUGAUGAAGUAUGCGUAGGGGAUUGUUUAGGAGAAGCAUUACCCCUAGAAUCGCUCAGAGAAGAAGAAGUAUGUGUAGGGGAUUGCUCAGCAGCACUACCCCUAGGAUCACCUUCUAUUGAUCAGACGCAGGAUGAGUUGAAGUCAUUGCCUCGACACUUUAAGUAUGCUUAUUUAGGAGAGAAUCAGCAAUUGCCUUUCACUAUAGCUCAUAAUUUAAAACUAGAACAGGAGGACAGAUUGUUAGAAAUUCUGAGACAACAUAAGAAAGCCAUUGGAUGGACUCUAGCAGAUAUCCUUGGUAUCAGUCCUUCUAUUUGCAUGCACAGAAUUAAUUUGGAGGAGGAUGUGAAAUCGGUGAGACGGCUGCAGAGAAGACUUAACCCAUUGAUUCUCGAUGUAGUGAAGAAAGAGGUGACUAGACUCUUACAGGCAGGCAUCAUUUACCCGAUUUCUGACAGUAAGUGGGUAAGUCCCAUCCAUAUGGUUCCGAAAAAAUCAGGGGUGAUAGUGGUAGCUAAUGAAGAGAAUGAGUUGGUGCCUACAAGAGUGAAGAAUUCUUGGAGAGUUUGUGUGGACUACAGGAAGCUAAACCAAGCGAAUAGGAAGGACCACUACCCUUUGCCUUUUAUUGAUCAAAUGUUGGAGAGACUGGCAGGCAAGUCACAUUAUUACUUCCUUGAUGGUUACACUGGUUAUUUCCAGAUUUGCAUUUACCCAGAGGAUCAAGAGAAGACUACCUUUACUUGUCCUUUUGGUACAUUUGCAUAUCGUCGAAUGCCAUUCGGACUUUGCAAUGCUCCAGGGACUUUUCAGCGAUGCAUGUUUGAUCAGAGUUGUAAGGAAGCUUGUCAGAAAUUGAAGGAGGCUUUGGUUUCUGCACCUAUUAUCAAACCCCCAGACUGGACCCUUCCGUUUGAGUUAAUGUGCGAUGCUUCAGAUUAUGGAGUGGGAGCGAUUUUCGCACAAUCAUAUUUACUCUGUUCUCAUGUGGUUGUAUUUUCUGAUCAUGCAGCUUUGAUGUUUCUCCUCAAGAAGCCAGAUGCUAAGCCUAGAUUGAUUAGAUGGAUGCUUCUACUCCAAGAGUUUGAUUUGGAGAUUCGUGAUAGGAGUGGGAAGGAGAACUUGGUUGCAAAUCAUUUGAGCAGAAUUGAAGGGGACUUGGAUCAUACGGCCAUAGAUGAUGAUUUCAAGGAUGAGUAG